UGGCAUAGCAACUCUGUCUUAUUGCUUUUCGCGUAAUUUUGCCGUAUUUUUGAGCGACGCGUUGAUAAUUCAUUCAUUUUUGUAAAUUUACUGCACUAAAAACAUCUUAGGAGCUUAUGACUUUCAUUCGAAACAAAGCAGCAUCUCAAUAAUUUGUGUAAAAAAGAAAAAUUGUUCUCUGAACGCGCAUAUCAUUUCUAUAGCAGCCUACAGCAAUGGUGGAUCUCGAGGCGGUAGCUGCACCAGCAGAAUCUUCAGCAAUGGAUGACGGCACUGGACUAUGUCGCCUAUGUUUGCGUCAUGACAAAUCAAUUGUGAAUAUCUUUGAGGAGGAGCCUCCACAGUCAGCAGAAAAAACGCCACCAACCGUUGGAGCAGAGAAAAGAAUGCCAAUGGUGGAACGGCUGUAUGAUUUGUUAGGUGUUAAGUUUCAGCAAUCAACGUUGUUGCCUAGUAACAUCUGCCAGCGCUGUUUUGCAAUGGUUGAGGCGUUUUCCGCUUUUCGCGAAAAUGUGCAAAGAAUUGAGACUGAGUUGCAGAGUUGGGUGGAACGCCAAAAUAGAAGAACGGCAGAUUGCGUGGAUCAACGUCCGGGUCUUAAUGGCAACCCAGGCACAUUUGAGCCUGAAGAUAAUUGCAUAAUAACUGAAGUGGACCCCAAUCAAGAUUACGAAAGUUCAGAGGAUGAUUUUUCUAUGGAAUCGGAUUCGGAGGGCGAAGAGCAUUCGGCUUCAUCACCACACGCCUUGCAAAUGCAAACUUCUACAAAUGACACGCAUCAAUUAUCGCAGCAACCGACAAAUGAACCAAACGAUUCGCUAUCGGCAACAGUUCCAAUGACCACAGAGGAACAGCAAAACACCGACAACUCUAUGCCUGCGCCCGAAGCACCAACUGCUUUUCCCAACAUGCUUGGUAGCGACUCAUUUAUUGCCGGAGAAAUUGUGAUUAAAAACACCUUCCUUUGCCAGUAUUGUGAUAUGGCAUUUACAACGCAACCAGAAUGCCAAGAGCAUGAAUCACAACACGACAGUGCCGCACCUUAUGUCUGCAGCUUUUGUUCACAACGCACAUCAAGUCGUCAGAAUUUAAUAUACCAUAUCAAGGAACUACAUGAUCCUGAGCGGCCAUAUGUAUGUGCAUUCUGCAAAAAGGGCUUCUGCCGGCGUUCGGAUUUGAAAAAACACACCAUUGUACACACUGGUGUGCGUCCGUUCUCAUGUCCUGUUUGCGCAAAAAGCUUUUCUCGUAAUACCAAUUUAACAAAACACAUACGAAUUCAUAGCAGCGUAAAACCACACGUUUGUACGCGUUGCCCACGAUCCUUUUCAAGCGCGACAGAUCUGAUGCGACACAUUCGUACACAUACAAACUCAAAGCCAUUCCAAUGUAGUCUUUGUCCAAGUACUUUCGCACGCAAAGAUAAACUGCAUUUGCAUGAACAGACGCACUACCGGCGUGACUCCGAAUUACUGCCUAAUCAAAGUAACGGUGCAACGCUAAGUGGUGGUGUUAAAAGUGACGAGGUUGGUGGUGUUGUUGGACAACCAGAAAAUAUAGUGGUCUCUCUUAAUCCCUAUGGUGAAGCUGAGUCUACACAGCCCCAUGCUAGCAUGCCCUCGCCACAGGAUCAAUAUCGCCAGCAUAGCAUCUUAGCCGCACAACUGCAGCAACGUCCGCUAAUGCCGAAACCACCACCACAUAAACCAUCACAUACACGCAUGUUCACUUGUACCAUUUGUCAGAAAACGUUUACACGUGAACGCGACUUACAACGACAUCAGGCAUUGCAUUUGGACACACUAUUCACAUGCAAACAAUGUGGUACUGGUUUCAAUAGACGUGAGAAGCUGGCACGCCAUGAAUUGGAAUUCCAUGCACCACAAUAUCCAUGUGAAGUGUGCCGCAUACAAUUCAUAAAACGCGACGAAUUCGAAAAACACAUGAAAAUGCACGAACUGCAGCAAAAUGCCGUCAUGGCUACACAAGCCGCCAUAAGCGCAGCAUCGGGCAUAGCGAGUGCACUACCCCUAAACAUUUUGGGCCUAGCUGGUGGCGCCAACACUGCGGGCCCUAUAAAUUUAGUUACAACUCCGGCUGGCGUUGGUCCACCACCUCCACCAGCGCCAGCACCAACAGACCUGUCAGCCGCACAACAUCGUCCAUCAGCUGCGGAUAUGUCAUUCUACAGCCAACUGGUACCUACUAUGAAUUUGGGAUUCUACAGUGAGACACGGCCUGAAGAUCGCAAUGGUAUAUAGAGGAGGAAUAGAGGGUUGGCGCCGACAUGCAUCGCAUUUAAUCAUAAGUUCGUAGACAGUAUGUUAAGCUGUUUAUUUACUACAUUUACGUUUGUAGUUAGUCGUAAUCAACUGAUUGUGUGGAUUUGGGUUUUCAAAAAUCAACAAUUAUCAAAUUAUGUGUAAACAUACA